GAGAGAGGGAGGGAGAGAGGCUUGUUUCCAUCACCAAUUGCAGCUACAACUGUGUUUUCAUAAAAAUACUUUUGACCGAUUAUGUUUAUAUCUGGACUGUAUGCUGUUAUCUUUGUUGGAUUUAAUGCCUUUUGAUGUAUAAUUGUAAUUUGUACAAUUUAUUUUUAAUGGCCCAAAUCUUGUGAAAUCUUGUUUGGAAAUGAAAAUGACUGUUAAAUUAGUUUUUUUUUAUAUUAUAGAUAAAUGGAACAAACCCUCUGGUCAUUUGUGAGUACCAGUGCAGUGCCCACUCAAAACGCAGCUGUCUGGAACGGGCUGAUUGCUUGGUCUCCGGAAUUGCUUCCUGAAAACUGUUUAUCCAAACAACUUCGCACUAGACACUUUACCUCCUUAGAUCCUGGCCAAAACAUCCAACCAGUGUGAAGUCAGGCGACAGACAUACAUAGAAGUUAGAACCAUACAGGCGAAUAACAUACAUACCUACAUACAUACAGACAUACAUACAUACAUACAGACGAACAUACAUGCAUACAAACAAACAGAUCAACAUAUAUACAUGCAUAUAGACAAACAUACAUAUAUACACACACAUACUAGAUACAUACAUAUUAUAUACAUACAUAUAUUCAUACAGAGACUCCAUCCAUUUUUGUACAAUUUAGAUGAUGCUAUUUCAUAAAGCAUUUCAUACCAGAUAACAUUGGCCUCUCAAAGAAAUAAUUAGCUGUACAAAAUUGGAUAAUUUGUUGACAGUAAGCCGACUCAACACACUGUCUGAUGGUAUUAUACUAAACUCUUACGUGAACACAAUUCCGUUAUUUAUAUGCAAACAUACAUAAAUACAUACAUUCAUACAUACGUACUUCACUUGCAAACAUUCAUCCAUUCAUACAUGCAUACAUCCAUGCAUCCAUUCAUAUAUACAUGGAUACAUACAUGCAUACAAACAUAAAGAGAGAUUAAUUAGAUUUACUGUUAAAUUAUGUUAGCAUAGUGAUUGUUCAAACUCAAUUUUGACAAGAUGCCACUGGAUGACGCUGUUUGAAAGCACUUGACUUGAAGAAAUGACCACUCCAAAGACUAUUGUUUGAAGCUGCGUAAGCCACUCCCAUCCGACAGAGGGAACUCCACUGCGAAUAGCACGCGCAGCGCUCCGUUUAUAAAGCUGCUUAGUGCGCUGUCCACUUCAGCACCACAAGCAGAACAGAAGCGACCCAGCUAACACCGAGGAGAAAGAGAUAGAAGGCACCACACAACAUCCCCAUCGCUCGAAGCUGAACAUCGCCACGCACAACGCUAGAAACGUCCACACAACCAAAGAGAGCCCAGAAAGAGUACAGCCGCCAUGUAUGACGAGGCGAGGGUGCCCUCACCCAAGGACGCUCAAAAUGGAGUCCCCCAGUGCGCCGCUCAAGGGGCGGGGCCGGAGGCGGGGCUUGUCAGCGGGGACGGGAGUCCGUCUCUGACGCCAGCCUCUCGACCAAAAGCUGAGGAGGGCCCUUUGGGUGAGGCGGCGGCGGAGGAGGAAGAGGAGGAGGUAGUGGGAGAGGAGGAAGGUGAUCAACCCAAGGCGGAGCCGGUGCUGGUGAAGAAGCCCCACAGGAUGAUCCUGGACCACGACCGCAAGAGGAGGGUGGAGCUGAAGUGCAUGGAGCUCCAGGAGAUGAUGGAGGAGCAAGGGUACACAGAGGAGGAGAUCCAGCAGAAGGUGAACACCUUUAGACAGAUGCUGAUGGACAAAGAAGGGGUGAUCACCAGAGAGGGAUCGCACCCACAACCCAUGAUCAACCACCUGCAGUACCCCCACGAUGAGGAAGAUGAAGGUGACCCAGAGCUGGCUGCCUACAGGGAAGGAGACUAUGACCACUACUACCAGAGCGAUCAUAGGGUGAAGAGGAAAUCCAGCAGUUCUCCGUCCCCGCGGCCCAAGAAGAGGAAGAAGAAGAAAUCCGGCCGGCGGAAGAGCCAAGUCGAUGGCUCCUCUCCAGCUCGCAGAGAAAAGAAGAAAAAGAGUGGGAAGAAACACAAGCGUGACAGGUCCACAUCAGGUUCCAGGAGGAAGAGGAGACAUAGAUCCGGCAGCCCAAAGAACAAGCACAAAGACAGGACCAAACAGAGGAAAGGGUCUCCUGGUGCCUCUCCCAGCAGGAGGUCCCAGCAGAGAGGGAGCUGUUGCAGCUCCCGCAGCGCCUCCGCCUCCACCACCAGGAGCCUGUCCAGGUCCCCCGCCAGGCUGAGCGGCAAAUCCAAGAUGGAUGCCCACAAGGCCGCCGGCAGCUCGCUGUCGCCGGGACCGAACGCCGCCAACGCCGUCACCGCCACGGUCGCAGCCGCGUGGCACAACGGCCACCACAGCCAGCGGGGCCACAACGGCAAGCCAGGCAGCCGGCUGGACCACGCCGACAGCCUCAAAGUACACCAUGUAUGUGAGCUCUCGAAGCUCCACAUGCUGGCUCCUGCCUCGGCUAACGCUCACCAGACCUCUCUCCUGAGGGGAUCCAGGCUCCACACCGCCCCCAACAGGAGCCAGGCGGCGCUGCAGCCCGGCCAGCUGGGCAAGGCCGGGCCCGGCGGGGAGGGCAGGCACGCGGUCGCGGGCGGCUCCCUGUCCAGGAGGGGGAGCCAGAGGGCCAGAGACGGCAGCAGUGACUCCGCCCACUCCCAGCAUAACCACGCCCACCGAGGGAGGCGCUCCUCGCACCGGCAGAAGAAGUCCAAAGGCGUCCACUCGUCCAAGCGGCGCCGCCACCGCUCGGGGCGGGGCCAGGCCCACCGGCGGAGCCAGUCGCCGUCGCCGGGCCGCCACUCGGCCAGGAAGAGGGCGGGGUCCCGGGGCGGGCAGCAGCCCCGGCAGCGCAGCAGCUCCUGGAGCAGCGGCCGCUCGUCGUCGGGGUCCCCCUCCAGGGACCGGGGGGCCAGCAAGGCCAAGUCUCCCCACAGCCGACAGAACAACUCCAGGGAUCGGGACAGUGCCAACCACUCGGAGGGGGAAGGCCGCGGCGCCCGGCGGCGUUCCCGGAGCUACUCGCCCAUCAGGAAGAGGAGGAGAGACUCCCCCAGCUUCAUGGAGGCCCGCAGGAUAACCAGCGCCCGCAAGAGGCCCAUCCCGUACUACCGGCCCAGCCCCUCGUCCUCUUCCUCGUCCUCCUCUUCGUCGUCGUCCAGCGCGGCCAGCACGCCGUCUCGCAGCCGGAGUCGCAGCCGGAGCCGCAGCCGGAGCCGCAGCUACGGCAGCUACAGCAGCCGCAGCCGCAGCCGCAGUCGGAGCCGGAGGCGUUCCCAUAGCAACCGCAGCUACGACAGCCGCAGUAGCUACGACAGCCCGGGCUUCUGAGAGGGCGACGCCCAGGAAGUGAGAUUGAUGAUGACGACGAUGGGGAGAAGAAAGGAAAUCAUGGUUUUAACCCCGGGUUCGGGUCGGAUCGUCAUGCGUUGGUAGUUUGAAAGGGUUUGGAGUCCCAUACUGGCCAGUCGGUGGUUGGGGGGUGUAAGCUUCUUCUUGGACUCUGAUCUGCUAAACCACAGCUUCCUCCACCGACUGCAGAGCUCACAGUUCAGCGGCCCAGCCUUCGAAACAAACCCAUCACUCCAAAAUAUCCCCGGUAAUGUUAUCCACACCUGCAGUGGACCCUCAUCCACAUAAUUUAUUUUUUGGGUUGAUUUGGUUGAAAUCAUCGCUCGAGCCUAAAGAACAAAUCUCAAAGUGUGUUUGCACUUUCUCUGUAUUCUUCCACAAGCCGAAAACCAACCAAAAAAAGGUAUUUAUUAAAAAACACAUACACACACAAACAGAAGUCAAGAAAGAGACGACAAGAUGAGCUACAAAUGGCCAGUAACAUAAACCGACAUCGAUACGAACUUCAGAUCUUUUCUAAUCAAAGCACAGAGAUCAAAAAACAAGGGAAACAAACAGCGAAGAAGAGACAACAGAAGUUAAAAAAAAAGAACAGUUGUAUCAUAUUAGUCCAUAUGUAAAUAUCCUUAAAUCCUAUAAGCUCUGGCUUGGUAACCUAUGCACUGUAUACUCUAUGUAAUUUGAGGAGGCCUACGAGACUGCCACAUAGCAUGAUGCAUCAGCAGAGAGACUGAGAGGCUGCUCGUAGGAGAAUGCCUGGACACACGCCCACCCUAACCCACCGUCCUCCAUUCCAUCCUCCCUGUCCCGCGACUACAGUUCCCAGGGUGCACCUGGUCACCUUCGAAUGACCUGUACAGUAUGUCAACGACUUGCACACAUAGGGAAGUGAAGGAAAGCGUAUUACCGUCAUUUGAACACCCUUCCCUGUUCACUUUUCCGCUGAUUUUGACUUUAUUUAUGACUGUGUGGGUGUGUGGGUGUUAUUUAUGACGUUUGACGAAUGUGUGUGUGUGUGUGUAUGUGUGUGUGUGUGUGUGUGUGUGUGUGUGUGUGUGUGUGUGUGUGUGUGUGUGUGUGUGUGUGUGUGUGUGUGUGUGUGUGUGUGUGUGUUUGAUGAGUGCCUCCUCUGCAUUGACCUGGGAUGUUAACAUGUAAGAGUACUCUGAGUAUGUCGCCUACUAUAAAGGCAGCUUUAUGAUACUGUACAGUUAAAAAGAAAAGUAAAACUGUCUGCAAAAAGUAUCCAUGCACUCAUGUGGGUCUAUUUUAACCACCGAUUUAUUUAUGAACUAUUUAUUCCUUAUGUAUUAUUUAUUGGUUAAUUUAUUUAUUUGACUAUUUAUUAAUUUGCCCAGCAGUGUGUGUUGCGCCAUUCAGACCAUACACCCUGGGCAGAUGCUGCAGACCAUUUUGAAAAUUUCAAAGUGUACACGUGUUAAUUUCACCCUGAUGCUGUUUUUAAAUUAUGAGCAACAUUUAUGCUACUUAUUGCAAGAGAUUAGUGAACAGGGUUGUUGCUUGUGUCUAUGGGGGCUACGGUGUAGGUUGAUGAGGAUGCUGUGGCCCAAUCCAGUAGAAGUGUGCCAUUGUCUUUGUUUGAAAGUGGAAAAUGUUUGUUCUCUUGCAAACUUUCCUGUCCUGACUCUUCCUGUAUCACUAAGUAAAGGGUCAGACAUUUAAAUCGGAUCUCCUGUUCUUUAAAAAAAAGAAUGAAACGGAACAGAAAUUACUAUGUGAUGAAUUUAGAAGACCUAUAUUUUUCCCCUCCUCUGUUCUAUGCCUCUUUAGGCUCCAUUCAUCUGUCUGAGGACCCUUGGUUGUUAGCCUGCACUAGCAUAGCGACCCUGCCCUAUAGCCAAGCAGUCCAGCACGAUACCCUAGGAGUCAAGCUCUAGCCUUGCAGUCCUGGGCUAGCCUAGCACUCCUGAAGUAGCCUAGUAUUCCUGGGCUAGCCUAGCACUCCUGAACUAGCCAAGCACUCCUAAGCUAGCCAAGCAGUCCUGAGCUACCCUAGAUGUCCUUCAGCUAGCACGGAGAUCCAGCAGUUAGCCUAGCUGGUCUCAAUCUCCUGCUUCAGAUCUAGUGUUCGGUGAUGCUCCACUGGAUAGGACGCCGGUGACAAUGUCAAGGAACCCCCCAUGUCUUCCUCUCAAGUCUUCAUCACACCAUUGUUUCUGUCACCCCCAGUGUCCCAUCGGCCAUGUAGCCAGUUAGCCCAGCUAUGAUAUCCAGCAAACCUGUUCAAAUAUAUUGAUAAGCCUUUUGAUUCUACAAGAGUCAUCAUUUGUAGUGUACAAGUUAUUAUAACUGACAAUAAACUCAAACAGACUGUACAAUUUGUGUAUUUGGUGGAAUUAUUUCAUUAGUAUCAUUUUCAUUCAAAGCGCUAAUAAAGAUUUAUUU